AUGGCGGCCCUGGCCGCCGAGCUCCUCCUCCUCGCAAUCAUCGGGCCCCUCCGGAUCGACAAGACGUGCGCUCUGGGACGUCGCAGCCAGAUCGAUCCGAUUGUCUCGAAUCGAUCGCUCCACUGCGCCAAAGGCCUCGUGUUUGUCUACGAUCUCCCAGAGAAAUUCAAUGUGGAGCUCGUCCGGAGCUGCGACAGCCUCAAUCCAUGGAAAUCGAUGUGCUCUGCGCUCUCCAAUUCGGGCCUCGGUCCCCCACUGGGGAAGAUCUCUUCAUCCUCUUCAUCCUCCUGGUGGCCCUGGAGCAAGGCAUGGCAAUUUCUCUUCAGGGAUCCCGAUCGCUGGCCGGCCAGGAGAUCGUGGCACGCCACCGAUCAGUUUAGCGGCGAGAUCAUCUUCCACCGGCGAAUGCUGGAUCACAGAUGCCGGACCCUCGAUCCAGACGGCGCCUCCGCGUUCUUCGUGCCCUUCUACGCCGGCCUCGACAUCUCCAGGAACCUUUGGGCGAGCGGCAAGAGCUCCAGCGAUGUGGAUUCGCUGGGCGAGCAGCUCCUCCACUGGCUCCAGCGGCAGCACCCGCAUUUCAAUCGUAGCGGCGGCGCCGAUCACUUCCUGGUGGCCGGGCGGAUCAGCUGGGACUUCCGGAGGAUGCCCAGCGCCGCGGGCGAGUGGGGCAGCAGCCUCUUCCACCAGAUCGAGAUGAGAAGCGUCAAGCGCCUGGUGAUCGAGCGCAAUCCCUGGGACGAUUCCGAGCUGGGCGUCCCAUACCCAACGAGCUUUCAUCCCAGCUCUGACGAGGAUCUCGCCCAGUGGGUAGAAUUCGUCCAGGGCAGCCCGAGGCCACACCUGGUCGCAUUCGCGGGCUCGCCCAGGCCGGGUUACCGCUCGGACUUUAGACAGGUCCUUCUCGGGCAGUGCCGCGCGGCGCCGCGCGGUAUUUCUCGGUGCCUUGACUGUACCGCAGAUACCGCCGGCUGCACCUCGGACCCCCUGCGCGUCACCAAGCUGUUCUUGAGCUCGGUGUUUUGCCUCCAGCCGCGCGGCGACAGCUUCACGCGCAAGUCUCUCUUCGAUUCGCUCAUCUCCGGCUGCAUUCCAGUUCUCUUCUGGAAUCAGAGCGCGUACUGGCAGUACGAAUUGUAUCUCCCCCGCGAUCCGGAGGAGUACUCGGUGUUCAUCCCGCACCAGAGCGUCAAGAACGGGACCAAUGUCUUGGACGUGCUCCAGGGGAUUUCUCGCGAGAGGAUCGGGAGGAUGCAGCGGGCGGUACUGCGGAUCCUCCCCGGGCUGGUGUAUGCGUCGUCUUCGUCCGGGCGUCACUGGGCGGACGCGUUCGAGGUCGCCGUUGAUGGAGUUUUGGGCAGGAUCAAGGAGGAAUAG